CAAAGUUCAAAGUCUUAGCGUGUUGUCAAUAUGGCGGCUGUUGUUCAUCUUCGGCGGAUUUUGAGCCCCAAAUUCGCGAGGGUAUUUUGUCCCUCAAGACUUACCAAUGUUUUGAAUACAAGAAACUGUUCAUCAUCCAUUGCACAUGAGGCAUCGUCAUUCAACUCAGGGCUUUGCUUUGAAAUGUCGGAGGAACUGAAAGCACUUCAAGACAUGUCAAGAAAAUUUGCAAGAGAGGAGAUUGUCCCAGUUGCAGCCGAGCACGACAGGACAGGAGAAUUUCCUUGGGAUAUCAUCAAGAAAGCCCAUGCUCUUGGACUGAUCAAUGGACAUAUUCCAGAAUCCUGUGGUGGUCCAGGCUUGGGUAUUCUAGAUGCCUGCGUUAUCACAGAAGAAUUAGCCUUUGGUUGUACAGGCAUACAGACUGCUAUUGAAGCCAACUCUCUUGCCGAAAUGCCUGUGGUUAUUGCUGGAAAUAAAGAACAGCAAAAGAAAUAUCUGGGAAGAAUGAUGGAUGAUGUUCUUAUGGCUGCCUACUGUGUGACUGAACCUGGUGCAGGUUCUGACGUAGCAGGGAUAAAAACCAGAGCAGAGAAAAAGGGAGAUGAAUAUGUCAUAAAUGGACAAAAGAUGUGGAUUACCAAUGGAGGUGUUGCAAACUGGUACUUUGUAUUAGCAAGGACGGACCCAACAGCUAAAGCAGGUCAGGCAUUCACUGGAUUCAUUGUUGAAGCAGAUUCACCAGGAAUAACUCGUGGACGCAAGGAGUGGAACAUGGGUCAACGUGCUUCAGACACACGGGGUAUAACAUUUGAAGAUGUUGUUGUUCCAAAAGAGAAUGUGCUGGGAGCAGAAGGCCUUGGAUUCAAGAUCGCCAUGGGAGCAUUUGAUAAAACACGUCCUCCAGUUGCAGCUGGCGCCGUUGGACUGGCUCAGAGAGCUUUAGAUGAGGCUACUAAGUAUGCCAUGGAGAGAAAGACCAUGGGAAAGCCUAUCUUUCAGCAUCAAGCAGUGUCCUUCAUACUGGCAGACAUGGCAAUAGGUGUAGAAACAGCCAGACUGGCAAUGCAUAGAGCAGCUUGGGAGAUUGAUCAAGGUCGUCGUAAUACAUACUAUGCAUCUAUUGCUAAGUGUCUGGCCGGUGAUGUGGCUAAUAAAUGUGCUACAGAUGCAGUCCAGGUGUUUGGCGGAAACGGUUUUAAUACUGAAUAUCCUGUGGAGAAACUAAUGCGAGAUGCCAAGAUAUACCAGAUUUACGAAGGAACCGCUCAGAUCCAGAGGAUGAUCAUCGGACGAGAACUCAUCGAUCGAGCAAAAAUGACCAACUACUAAUCACCAGCCACAGAUGACAAUACUUUAAUCUUCAUCUAUUGUUCCCCAAAAACCGAUUUCAUAUUAUCACUACUAAGCUUUCAUGGGCAAAAAGAGCGAAACAAGUAAUGAACUAAUAGAUGACAGACUUUGAAGGUGUAUUUAUAUUUUAUACAUUAAACCAGUAAAAAAACCGAGACAAGAGUA